GUGCUCCCCCCACCCUCCCGACACAGCCCCCCCCACCUUGGGUGCUGGGGGGUGGGGAGCGAUAGGGGAGCCCCCGCCAGGGUCGCCCCCAGCCCGGCGGGGCCACGCUGUGGCCCAGGGGGUGCACGGGGAAGGGUCGUGUUUGCACGGGGACGGGUGGCAAUGUCGCAUUGGCACGGGGACACCGGGGUCGUGCUUGCACGGGGCCGGGUCACACCUGCACCGGGGCUGUGCUUGGCUGCGGGAGCGUUUGCACCAGCGCCGUGCUUGCACAGGGAUGGGUCACACCUGCGCUGGGGCUGUCUCUGCACAGGGACGGGGUUCGUUUGCACCAGAGCCGUGACAUUUGCACGAGGGUCCGUUUUGCACCAGGGAUGUGCUUGCACGUCCUUGUGUUUGCACAGGGCUGGGUCGCAUUUGCACCAGGGAGGGCUGUAUUUGAUGGGGACGGUGCCAUUUGCAUGGGGACAGUGGCGUUUGCACGAGGAUGGUCACAUUGCCACGGGGAGAGUGACAUUUGCACGGGGCCGGUGACACUGGCACGGGAAUGAUCAUACUUGCACGGGGAGAGACCCUGGGCAUGGUGUCGGUGGCACUGGCACGAAAAUGAUCGUGCUUGCGCGGGGUCAGUGUCACUUUCACGGGGUCAGUUUCACGUGGAGGGUGGCACUGGCAUGGGAUUGGUGGCACUGGCACAGGGUCAGUGACGCUUUCAUGGGGAGGGUGGCACUGGCACGGGGUGGGUGGCACUGGCGCGGGGAUGAUGACAUUCCACGGGGUCGGUGACACCCCACGGGUCGGUGCCACCUUUGCGGGGUCCCGGCGCUGUCCGUGGUGCUGCCCCGCGCCGCCGCCUCCCGCCGGCAGAGGGCGCCCUUCGGGGCGGGGGUGGGGAUGCGAUGAGUUUGGAGGGUCUCAGCGGCCCCCGUGGAGUGACCCCGCCCCGCCGCCCCCGCCCCGCUGGCCCCUGGCACUGGCAGGGUGGCACCUGGCUCGCUGCCAUCAGUUGGCUUCAGGGGUCCGGCUGCUGGCCGGGCGUCCCGGCAAGGGGCUGUGGGGGAGCUCUCCUCUCCCCCAGGAAGCGCCAUGGGCCCCCCUGGAUCCCCUCACACCACCUAGAGGCGUCUCCAGCGAGCAGCACCUCCCAACCCUGAGGGCAGCAGGAUGGCCCAGCAGCGCCAUGCCAUCCCCCCACCACUCAAGACGGAGGAGGACUACAUCCCCUACCCCAGUGUGCAUGAGGUGCUGGGCCGGGAGGGGCCGUUCCCCCUCAUCCUCCUGCCACAGUUCGGGGGUUACUGGAUCGAGGGCACCAACCACCAGCUGAGCGGGGCCCCUGACUCGCCCCCCACCCCGGUACCCGGCGCCCGGGCAAAGCUGGAGGGCAACCACACAGCCAAGAUCUACCGCAAGCACUUCCUGGGCAAGGAGCACUUCAACUACUACUCCCUGGACCCGGCGCUGGGACACCUCGUCUUCUCCCUCAAGUACGACGAGCAGGAGCACCUCCACCUGCUGCUGCGCACCCGUGCCCGCACCCUGCACGAUGUGGUGCCCAUCUCCUGCCUGGCCGAGUUCCCCAACGUGGUGCAGAUGGCCAAGCUGGUGUGCGAGGACAUCAACGUGGAUCGCUUCUACCCCGUGCUCUACCCCAAGGCAUCCCGCCUCAUCCUCGCCUUUGAUGAGCACGUGCUCAGCAACCACUUCAAAUUUGGGGUCAUCUACCAAAAACUGGGGCAGACCUCUGAGGAGGAGCUUUUCGGCACCACGGAGGAGAGCCCGGCCUUCACCGAAUUCCUCGACGUUCUGGGUCAGCGGGUGCAGCUGCGGGACUUCAAGGGGUUCCGAGGGGGGCUGGAUGUGACCCACGGGCAGACAGGCAGCGAGUCAGUCUACUGCCACUUCCGUGACAAGGAGAUCAUGUUCCACGUCUCCACCAAACUGCCCUACACCGAGGGGGACGCCCAGCAGCUGCAGCGGAAGCGUCACAUUGGCAACGACAUCGUGGCCAUCGUCUUCCAGGACGAGAACACACCGUUUGUCCCCGACAUGAUCGCCUCCAACUUCCUCCACGCCUUUGUGGUGGUGCAGCUGGAGCAGGGGGGCACCCAGGGCACCCUCUACAAGGUCUCUGUCACCGCCCGUGACGACGUCCCCUUCUUCGGCCCGCCGCUGCCCGACCCCGCCGUCUUCAGGAAGGGCCCCGAGUUCCAGGAGUUCCUGCUGACGAAGCUCAUCAACGCCGAGUACGCCUGUUACCGCGCCGAGAAGUUCGCCAAGCUGGAGGAGCGGACGCGGGCGGCGCUGCUGGAGACGCUGCACGAGGAGCUGCAGGCGCGCAGCCAGGCCAUGCUGGGACUCGGCCCCGACGACGAACGCCCCGACAACGGCGGCGCCGCCCCGGGCUUCUUCGAGUCCUUCAAGUCGCUGCUGGUGCCCGGGAGCCGCCGGGGACGCCGUGGCAGCGCCAUCGGGCUGGGCUCGGUGGAAGAGGUGGGUACCUCGCUGUCCCCCCUCGGUGUCCCCCCGGUCCCUGGUGUUCCCCCGGUUAACGGCGCCCCGCAGGCGCUGCUGGUGCCCGGGAAGAGCCCGUCGCGGCGGCGGCCCGGCCCCCUCGGCUCCCGCCGCUCCAGCGCCAUCGGCAUCGAGAGCAUCCAGGAGGCACCGGCCGGCAGGGACGGUCCCGCAGCCCCCGACGGCUCCAGCUCCACACACAGUUCCCCCGAGAGCCGCCGGAACCCCGACAGGGCCGAGAAGCCGGAGCCGCCGGAUUUCUCCCGCUCCUCCUCCAGCGCCAGCAGCUUCGGCAGCGCCGCAGAGGAGCCCGGCGAGCCGGGACGGGAGAGCCGCUCGCCCUCGGGGAGCCACCGCGACGCCUUCACUGACACCCCCUGGCCGGAUGACCCCCCCGGGACACCCCCAGGCUGCCGCCCGCCUGACCCCUUCUGCCCCGAGAUCAAAAUCCAGCUGGAGCAGCCCCCCCAUAACCCGGGCUCAUAGUUACCCCCCCCACCCGUGGGGGUGCCACCGCUUCGCCCCCUCUGUGUGCCACCCCCGUGCCAGGAGCUGAAGCCAUCGUCCCCGGUGCAGGAUUUGGGGGGACCCCCCAAAAGAAUUGGGAUGUUCCCCCCUCCAGACAAUCUCUGUCACCCCAAAAACCCGUUGGGUGGGGGGUGAUGCACCACAAAGGGCCCCCCCUCUGCCGUUACCCCAAAAUGAAGAGUGGGUCCAACCCCAGCAUCAUCCCCUCCGUGAAAGAAAAGGGGACUCAAAUCCAGGGUAACCCCAAAGUGGAGCUCUCCCUCCUCCCCUUUAUUUUAAGGGAAAAAGUUCCGGAAUGGGCCGGAGGCUGGAAUUGGGGGGAGAGGGAGGAAUAUUUUUUCACACCCCCCCCAAACUGUGUUUGUGUUUCCCGUGAGUCCUGUAUAAAAUAAAGGUUUAUUUAUCGCUA